GGGACUCGGGUAUCCCAGUCCCAGAUCGGGAGGCGGAGCCUCGGUGGAGGAAGUAGCUCCCACAGCCUGGACGUGUGUGUAUGUUAGUUCGCGUGUGUAUGUGUGCGUGUGUGUGUGUAUGGAGCAGUUACCUCCAUAGUGAGAGUGUCGCUAACCACUGGAUUGUUAAAACGACAAGCAAAAGACAUCCUCGUGAGGAAACCCUCACGCGAACUCGCUCUCGAGGAUCAGUUUUUGUAUCCUUCCCCACCACCAGCACCACCAGCACCACCACCAGCCGCCGCGGUACAGGUUGAAGCGGUGCAGCUGGUCCAGAAGCGAGCUUUAUCAUGCAUUCAGACUGCAGGCUGCUAUGGGCAGAGCGGUAAUGGUGGGCAGGGAACCGACAGGGGCCGGGGUUCUCGUCCUGUCGAUUCUCAUCAUUCUCACCGCGGAGGGCUGUCGAGCGCAGAAAGGUGAUGGCUGUGGCCCCAGUGUUCUUGGCCCCAGCAGUGGGACUCUGUCCUCUCUGGGUUACCCGGGGACAUAUCCCAACCACACGGUGUGCGAGUGGGAGAUCAGUGUGCCCCACGGCAACAGGGUCCACUUUCGCUUCGCCGAGCUGGACAUCGAAGACGGCAACUGCCAGGUCAACUACCUCCGCCUCUACAACGGCAUUGGACCCGAGAGGAGUGAGAUUGUGAAGUACUGCGGGUUGAGUCUGAAGGUCAAAGAGCUGAUUGAGUCCACUGGAAACCAGGUCACUGUCCAGUUCAUGAGCGGGUCCCAUCACACCGGACGUGGAUUCUACCUGUCCUACUCCACCACCAAUCACACAGAUCUAAUCACCUGCCUGGACAAAGGGAGAGAUUUCCCAGAGGCAGAGUUCAGUAAAUACUGUCCGGCUGGCUGCUUGACAUCCACCGAGGAGAUUUCUGGAACUAUGCCUAAUGGAUACAGAGAGUCCUCUCCUGUGUGCGUGGCAGCCGUCCAUGCAGGUGUGGUGUCCAACGCCAUGGGGGGGAGGAUCACCGUGGUCAGCAGCAAGGGCAUCCAUCACUAUGAGGCCACGUUGGCUAACAAUGUCACUUCCACUGGAGGAACUUUGUCCGACAGCCUCUUCACCUUCAGGACCAACGGCUGCUAUGGAAGGCUCGGUUUAGCGUCCGGCGGUGUUGCGGACACUCAGCUGUCAGCUUCGUCUGUGUGGGACUGGAACAGCGUGUGGGCGCCAUCAGGGGCAAGACUUAAAAGGGCGGGGCUGCCCUGGGCAUCUUAUCAGAUGGACCAGCAGCAGUGGCUUCAGGUGGAUCUCAAGAGGGAGAAGAGGAUCACAGGUAUCGCCACCACCGGCUCCACCCUAAGAGAAUACCAGUACUACGUUUCAGCAUACCGGGUCCUGUACAGUAACAAUGGCCAGCAGUGGUACAUCUACAGGGAAGCGAAUUCUUCACAAGACAAGAUUUUCCAAGGCAACAUCAACUACCUGCACGAGGUGAGGAAUAACUUCAUUCCCCCAAUCGAGUCCCGGUUUGUGAGGAUAAAUCCGACCCUGUGGCACCAAAGAAUCGCGCUCAAGUUGGAGCUGCUUGGCUGCCCAAGUACAAAUACAAAUACAAAUACAGUGAGGCGAGGGCAAGAGCCGAGGCCAAGGAUGACCUCUCGUCAUACUCCACCUCCAUCGGGUACAAAACGGCCCCCUCACCUUGGCGGAACCACACACACCCCAGACAUUAGAAACACCACUAUGCCUCCUCACACUGGUAAAGAUGUGGCGCUGGCAGCAGUUCUGGUGCCCGUGUUGGUCAUGGUUCUGACUGCCCUAAUCUUGAUAGUGGUUUGUGCCUGGCACUGGCGGAACAGGAAAAAGAGUUCUGAAGGAACAUAUGAUCUCCCUCACUGGGACCGGACAGACUGGUGGAAAAGCAUGAAGCAGCUGUUGCCCUCUAAGAUGGUGGAGACCGAGGAUUCAGUUCGGUACAGCAGCAGUGAGGUGGGCCGGCUUACGGGGAGAGGUGCUGUACCCAGACUACAUGCUGAACCAGCAGAAUAUGCUCAGCCCCUGGUGAGCGGUGUCACAACGCUAGGAGCCCGGUCAACCUUUAAACCAGACGAGGGGCCCGACCCAGGAUACUCUGAUCCCGACCUGUACGACGCUCCCAUCUCACCGGACGUGUACCACGCCUACGCCGAACCCCUGCCGGCCUCGGGAUCUGAAUACGCCACGCCCAUCGUGGUCGACAUGGGUUGCCACCCGUCAGGGGGCUCCUCUUUGAACCAGCCCUCCACGGUGUGCAGUUUCAUGGGUGCCGGGCCGGCCUCCCUUCUCACACAGACAGACAGCAGCCAUUCGGGCAGGGAGGCGUAUGACACACCCAAAAAUGCCACUGGACAGGUCACACCCACCGAGGAUCUGACCUAUCAGGUACCUCAGAGUAGCACUCAGAAGCCAACGGGAAAGAGCUGAAGAGUCUGGAUGCACAUGGCCUUAAUCUGGCCCCCCCCCUCACUGCCAACGCAACCCAACGGACAAAGAUAGAGGGGUUGUUGAUGGAGCAGGAGGUGGUGGUGUGAACCUGUGAGCCCUGGAGCCUGGGCUCGAGUCUUGAAUGAACACUACCUUUAGCUUUAGAUGCAAUCUGGAGAUGUCUGUAUUGCCUAAAUGUUUCUGCAUGGCCACAAUCUGCUUGUGUAGUGCCAUUACAGUCCUAUCACUGAAACCACAAAGAUGAAUGUGUUUGUGCCAGGUGUGAGAGGCGUAGAUGGGGGGAGGUGAAAAGGAGAAAGCGGAGAAAGCCGACUACUGUUUGAUAAAGACUUUGUCCCUGUUCUGUGAUCCUUAGUAGUUCUUGCAUUCUGUGAAACUGUGACUUCCAUUAUUCUUCUGUUACAUGCUGAACCAACUGAAAUGUACCUGAUGAGUAACGUUCAUCAAAUCUAAACAGUUCUUUUAGUGAAUUUACUGCAUAUUGCAUAAAGUACCCCCCCCCCCCCCUCUCCUAGAGAAACUCUGGUUUUCCAUGGUACGUCUUUGUCUUACUUUGUUUAAAAAGCAUGACUUGAAAAUUGUGUAUAGUUCUAGUAAUCCCAUUACUGCAAAUCCUGUUUUAAACUCUCAAAUGAUUUACUGAUAUUUAUUUUACAUCCUGCUGAUGAGGAGAAACUCUUGUUUAAAAAAAAAAAAAAAAAAAAAAAAAAAUAGCCCACCACCAACGUCACUGAUUACAUGUCCAAGAAUUGUGGUUGCACUGUUGUGGACUCCUCACUGACAAUGAGGUUUUUUUUUGUAUGUUAACUUGAAAAGGCUAAUCGGGAAGAUUAAUCCAAUGAGAUUCAUAAAGAGAACACACUCUUUGCCAUAUGAAAGACCAUUGUUGCCUUUUUCUGUGUAUAUGCAAUGUUAAAAUUCUCAACAGAACCAACUUUCACAGUUGUGCCAAUAGCGCAAGUUUUAGCCAAACAAACCAUAAAGCAGUCUUAAUGUGUGAAAUAAAGUUUUUAAAGGCCUAGUUAGCUGAUGUCCUAGCAAGAAAAAAAAAAAAAAAAAAAAAAAGGUACACAGAAAAGAGUUAGAUGGGUUAAUCUGUUACAGCUGAUCAUUUCUUAGAAUGUGUUUGUCCUGAACUUUUAGAUUUUAUUUGUGCAUCAUGGUGAUUGUCUUGUGUUGAAAUGGGUGUUUUGAUCCGUCAUUAAUUUGAGUGUUCUUUCCUUGUAUCUAUGUGCAUCAACAUCUGUAUGUGUGGUAUUAUAGGAUGUGUUCAGUCCUUGUCUGUAGCACCAGUUAGACUGCAUUCCUCUCCACCCUCGGUACUAAUCUGACCAAACACUCUGCGGCGGGAGUGCAGAUGGAGGGGAAAAAAACGGAACAAGCUGCUUUGUGACUUUACAGAAUAGCAACCUCACCUGGUGAGAGGGGGGAGGUGUUAUUCACACAGCUGUGCCACCAUAUGCUUUGAUUAUGCUCAAUAACCAAGGCCAUCUACAUGAGUGUUGGUGCUCCCUGGUCAGAGGGAUUGUGUUUAUGUGGCUCUCACUGAUUGUACAUAGAGAAAUAAAGAGUUUUAAAAGAAAA